AGACCUCAGUUGUGCAAGAGAAGGUUGCUACACUAUACCACAAUGAUUGCUUCUUUGAUUAUUCUUGGUACAGUCUACUUGAUUCAAACUGCAGACGUUCCUGUCCCGAUGUCUUUGACUGUGGUUGAAGCUGGUGGGAAUGUUACUUUGCAAUGCCAAUUUUCUGCGAUGGAAGGAUUCGUAUUCUAUAAGUGGUUUAAGCUUCCACCUGGAUAUAUGAUCCAAACUGUUGUUACUGGAACUUAUAAUCAACCAACACUUCAUGAACAAUUUCACAAGUCGCGUUUUAACGUCAGAGUUGAAGAAGCUCGUUCUUUGCUUACCAUUAAAAACGUAAGCAAAGAGGAUGAAGCAAUAUACUUCUGUCAAAGUGGAUCAGCGUUUAAAGAUAGUAUUGAAAAUGUCACCUUCUUGGUUGUGAAUGAUCGUAACCAGCAGAAAUCUGUCAAUGUGAAGCAAAGUCCAGAGACGGCAUCAGUCCAGCCGGGAGACUCAGUGACUUUCUCAUGUUCACUUCUCUCCAAGAACAAAGCCCAGUGUGAACCCAGUGUGUACUGGUUCAGAGCUGGAUCAGCAGAAUCUCAUCCAGCCAUGAUUUAUACUAACAGCAGUUAUGAAGAAAAGCAAAGAAGCUGUGUCUACAGUCUGUCCAAAACUGUAAGAGACUCCUCUGAUACUGGGACUUACUACUGCACGGUGGCCACAUGUGGACAGAUCCUGUUUGGUGAAGGAACUAAAGUGGAGAUAAGACAAAAACUGGAUCCAGUUGUCUUUGUUCUCGGAGUACUGUUGGCCUGUUGUGUGGCUGUGAUUACUGUCCUUAUUUUUGGCAUAAGUCGAAAGAGAGUUUGUAAACAUUGCAACGGAGCAAAGAGGGCUUCACAUAAUCCUCGACAAGACAGAUCGACAGUGGAUCAAUCAGCUGACCUGGGUGGUUAUUCAGAUGAAGUUAACUAUGCAGCACUGGAUUUCACCGUAAGAAAAUCAAAACAAGUGAAGAAAAAGAAAGAAUUGCCACAAGAGUGUGUGUACUCUGCUGUGAGUGCAGACUACCACACACAUGACCACAACUCUAUGUAGGCCAUGCAGGUCCUGCAUGUGAAUCAGACCCAAAGAGUUUGAUUCCUGCUUGCAGAGUGACUUUCGUGCCAUCAAUGUUAUUACUAUGCAUUGCAUUCCAAAUUGCAUUUAAAUGUUGGCAGACAAAUUGAAGCAGAAAAGCUACGAUCGUGCUUUGGCUUGUGUGUAUGCAAUUUCUAGUGGAGAAAUUUUAAUUGUGAGCUUAUUUUAUGUAGGAAGUGAAAAAUGUUUUGUGUGAAAACAGCCAGUCCCAUGGACACCUUGAGACACAAGCAGAAAAGAGAGCGUUUUAUUAUAACUAAUAUUAGCUAGUUCCACUGCAGUAUAGGGUAAUGCUGUUUAGAAUGGAUUAUAUGUUUUGCUAAUCUGUGAU